CCCAGUGAGCGGACAGGUUUCUGUCUCUGCGGUCUAACAGGGUUACGGAACAUUUCUGUCCUGGAAAGUGUAGCGCGCAGGGCCCAGUCGUGGCUUUUGUCGUGAAAGAACAUAUAUGAUGAACACAUGGUUCCGUGUGGGAGAACUGCAUUUCAGUCUUUCCUCCAAAGAGUGAGGGAAGGAGAAAAGAAGCAGAACAGCGACAGCGAAAGGGAAACAGAGCUGUUUCUGGUUUGUUUUGUUUUCCCCUAGAAAUGCGAGCUAACGGCAUUCCUUUGCUUGCCCUGGAGGCCGUCGGUCAGGGCUGCAGUGAAGCCUGAACUUCUUGAAGGCAGGAAACUAAGGAGCCCAGAGGCGCAGACAGCAGUUGACGUCUCAGGCCAAGUUAUAAUAAAUAAAACCCUAGUGUCAAAUCCCAUGUCCUUGAAUUUUAUCAGGGGAGGACAGGCCAUUGUGAGAACGAGUAAGGAAAAGAAGUAGGUUUAUCUUAGGACUUAUAUAUGUUCUGAAGAGUUUUUUAAAUGAGCGAUUGGACGUGGUGUUUAAAGUUAUGUUUAUUUGUAAUAACAUAAAGGGAGACUGCUUCUAGUGGCCCCAAUUUGUGUACUGAAUAAGGCAGCGCAUGAACGGACAGUUUUAAAAAUUAUUGUGGAAAUUCACAAGUACACGUCUGAACAGAGUGGAGCCGAAGCCGCCCUCUAGCAACAGGUGGGCGGCAGCUCAGAGGACCCCGUUUCCACCUGAGGCAGUGUCUCCCUUGUUAGGCUCCCGCCAACAGGGAUCAUAAAAGCCUGCCUCUGAAAUUCUGAACAUGAAGGGCCUCAGGGGCAAGCAAGUGCUUUGUGAAACCCUGUUCUUCAAAUUAACUUCCAUCCCUCACAUAUUUCCAGCCUACAUCUAGUGAAAAUGGCUAAUGGGUAAAGUAACAUCUAAAACCUGCUUAGAGAACCGUUUUGUCUCCCUCCCACUUGCAGAUGGUGUUUUUUGGCUACAUGGUUUUCAGUAUCCUCUUUGGCCUCCUGGCUGACAGAUAUGGCCGCUGGAAGAUUCUGCUCAUCUCGUUCCUGUGGGGGGCCUAUUUCUCCUUGCUGACGUCGUUUGCUCCUUCGUACGUCUGGUUUGUCUUCCUGCGGACGAUGGUGGGCUGUGGUGUGUCCGGCCACUCACAGGGGUUAAUCAUAAAGACUGAAUUUUUGCCCACGAAAUACCGAGGCUAUAUGUUACCCUUGUCUCAGGUGUUCUGGCUUGCAGGCUCACUGCUCAUCAUUGGCCUGGCCUCUGUGGUCAUCCCCACCAUCGGGUGGCGCUGGCUCAUCCGCAUCGCCUCCAUCCCAGGCAUCAUCCUCAUCAUGGCCUUCAAGUUUAUUCCUGAAUCUGCCCGGUUCAAUGUCUCCACUGGAAACACUCAGGCUGCCGUGGCCACUCUGGAGCACGUUGCCAAGGUGAACCACUCAGUCAUGCCGGAGGGCAAGCUGGUGGAGCCCGUCCUGGAAAAAAGAGGAAGAUUUGCAGACCUAUUGGAUGCUAAAUAUUUACGGACCACGUUACAGAUCUGGGUCAUAUGGCUCGGAAUCUCUUUUGCCUACUAUGGGGUUAUCCUGGCCAGUGCUGAGCUGCUGGAGCGGGACCUGGUCUGUGGUUCAAAGGCAGACUCUGAGGUGGUGGUGACUGGGGGCGACUCAGGGGAGAGCCAGAGCCCUUGCUAUUGCCACAUGUUUGCACCCUCUGACUAUCGGACCAUGAUCAUCAGCACCAUUGGUGAAAUUGCUUUGAAUCCUUUAAAUAUCCUGGGCAUCAAUUUCCUGGGAAGACGGCUGAGCCUUUCCAUUACCAUGGGAUGCACGGCUUUAUUCUUCCUUCUCCUCAACAUUUGCACUUCAAGUGCCGGCCUGAUUGGCUUCCUCUUCAUGCUGAGGGCCCUGGUAGCUGCAAACUUCAACACUAUCUACAUUUACACAGCUGAGGUCUACCCCACCACUAUGCGUGCUUUGGGGAUGGGAACCAGCGGCUCCCUGUGUCGCAUUGGUGCAAUGGUGGCGCCAUUUAUAUCCCAGAGAGCUUUGCUGUUGGUUAACCACUUCAUACUUUACUGUCGUUGUGAGAUUCAUGGAGAACUAUCAAGAACACAGACCAUGAGAAACUGAAGUAUGAGAUGGAGUGUCUGAAUUAGCCAGUAUCUGCAUGAAAAGAUCCAGGCCAAAGCGUGUGUACAGAUGGACAGAAACCCAGUUACUGUGGAAAAAUUGACACCAAAGAGUUCUGGUGUCACACAAGGCUUGGCACACAACCCCAUAACCAGAGACAAGACACAUUAGCAAUCCUUUCAGAGACCCUGAGAUAGCAUCUCUUCCAAAAAAAAACUUUUGCCUGUUUCGUGUUGUCAGGACUGAAGGGAUAAUGGAUAUUUGGCAGAGAGAGGAUAUAGCAUGAAUUGAGAGUUAGAAGUUAAGCAAGCUGGCCGGGUGCGGUGGCUCAAGCCUGUAAUCUCAGCACUUUGGGAGGCCGAGACGGGCGGAUCACGAGGU